AUGGCAAGUCUGAUAAUGUCCACACCAUUCCCAGGCUCUCCCACUCAACCCAAGAAAACGAGUAACCUCUCAGUUCAAAGAGCCUUUAAGGUAACAUCUAUGCAGACACCGUUGGAGGAGCUGUACAACGUCAAAGUGGAGCGUAAAGUGUCACAGAGACGGUUAGAUGAGCUAGGUGUUUCGAGAUGGUCGGUUUGGAAGACGGGCAAGUGUAAAUUGCCAUGGGACUGGCAGGUGGAUCAGCUGGUUUACAUAGAAGAAGGAGAGGUUCGUGUUGUGCCCGAAGGAAGCAAGAGGUAUAUGCAGUUUUUGGCUGGAGAUCUUGUUCGGUACCCGAAAUGGUUAGAGGCUGAUCUUUUUUUUAACGCUCCUUAUAGCGAACGGUAUUGUUUCAAGGCCUAUGGUGAUGAUUGAUUGAAGAGUAGAGUUUGAGUUUAGAGCCAAGAAAGUUUAAAACUUGUGUGUGUGUUGUUAUAGCCUGAUGGAUCUUUUGUAACAAUAUAAGAAGACGGUUAUCUUUUUCUUCUUCAAAAA